GUGCUCCGACGAAAAUUCGCAGUGCCCGGAGCCAUCGCAGCAGUGCAGAUCUCCGAAGCCAUCGGACAGAGGUGAAAUCUACGAGUUGGCGAAGACUGCCUGCACCAAGAAUUCUGCCAAGGAGAGCCAUCGGGUGCUGCGGCAACUCGCCGAGCAGGUGGCAGAGCUCAACACCCGUGCGAACACGCAAGGGAAGGGUCGGGGAGACCUCAACAUGGAGGUCCUUCAGGCGGCUGCAGACCUUCUGCUGGGCGGCGAGGAGCUCGGAUCUGCAGAGGCGACUGCCCGGCGCUUUCUGGCGGCCAAGGUUCUGGACAGCUUCAUGGGACUUCGAAGCUACUUCGCGUCCAUCUGCAACGAUGUGAUGGAGGUCGACCCCCAGCUCAGCAAGAACCCGCGCCUCGUGAAAGCCCUGGUCGCCUGGGAGGAG